AAGAUUCGCGAUUUCGCAUCGAGAGGGAAACCUAAAACCCUGCCCUCCCGAUGGCGGCGGCGAACGGCGGCGCCUCGCGGCGCUCGCGGCCGAACGUGUUGGUGACGGGGACGCCGGGCACGGGGAAGACGACGACGUGCUCCCUCCUCUCCGAAGCUGCGGGCCUCCGCCACGUCAGCGUCGGCGACUUCGUCCGCGAGAAGAGCCUCCACGACGGCUGGGACGAUGACCUCGAGUGCCACGUCAUCAACGAGGACUUGGUCUGCGACGAGCUUGAGGACAUGAUGGAAGAAGGUGGUAUACUGGUAGAUUACCACGGAUGUGAUUUCUUUCCAGAGCGUUGGUUUGACCUAGUAGUUGUGCUCCAGACUGAUAACUCAAUUCUGCAUGAUCGCUUGACCAGCAGAGGCUACACGGGUUCCAAGCUCUCAAACAACAUAGAGUGCGAGAUCUUCCAAGUGCUCCUGGAGGAGGCGAGGGAGAGCUACAAAGAGGACAUUGUCAUGCCCAUGCGAAGCGACAACGUGGAGGAUAUUAGUAGGAACGUAGGUACAUUGACAGACUGGGUAAAUAACUGGAGACCUUCCUGAUGAGCUAGUUGACCUGGAACCUAUAUGUUGGAUCGUAUGCUUUGUGUAUUGAUUUGUAUUGUUUUGACGAAGUGGGUUUUUUCCCCUAACAUAUGUAUGUCUAAUGUCUGAGAUUGUAAGAAUAUAAUUUUGAAUGUGUAAAUUAUUAGUUUGGAAUUUUCAUAGA